AUGACAGGCUGGAGCUGUCUUGUGACAGGAGCAGGAGGGUUUCUGGGUCAGAGGAUCAUCUGCCUGUUAGUGGAGGAGACAGAGCUGAAGGAGAUCAGGGCCUUGGACAGGGCCUUCAGACCAGGAUUGAGGGAGGAAUUUUCUAAACUCCAGAACAAGACCAAGCUGACAGUGCUGGAAGGAGACAUUCUGGAUGAGCCAUUCCUGAAGAGAGCCUGCCAGGACGUCUCGGUCGUCAUCCACACCGCUUGUAUCAUUGAUAUCUUCGGAGUCACUCAAGAGUCUAUCAUGAAUGUCAACGUGAAAGGUACCCAGCUCCUGUUGGAGGCCUGUGUCCAAGCUAGUGUGCCAGUCUUCAUCUACACCAGUACCCUGCAGUAAGCCGGGCCCAACUCCUACAAGGAAAUCAUUGAGAAUGCCCAUGAAGAGGACUUUCUGGAAAAUGCAUGGCCCGCUCCAUAUCCAUACAGCAUGCUUGCUGAGAAGGCUGUGCUGGCAGCUAAUGGGUGGACUCUGAAAAAUGGUGAUACCUUGUACAGUUGUGCCUUAAGACCCAUGUAUAUCUAUGGGGAAGGAAGCCCAUUUCUUUCUGCCAAUAUAAAUGAGGCCCUGAACAACAAUGGGAUCCUGUCGAGUGUCAGCAAGUUCUCCACAGUCAACCCAGUCUAUGUUGGCAACGUGGCCUGGACCCACAUUCUGGCCUUGAGGGCCCUGCGGGACCCCAAGAAGGCCCCAAGUGUCCAAGGACAGUUCUACUAUAUCUCAGAUGACAUGCCUCACCAAAGCUAAGAUAAUCUUAAUUACAUCCUGAGCAAAGAGUUUGGCCUCUGCCUUGAUUCCAGAUGGAGCCUUCCUUUAUCCCUGAUGUACUGGAUUGGCUUCCUGCUGGAAAUAGUGAGCCUCCUGCUCAGGCCAAUUUGCACCUAUCUACCGCCCUUCGACUGCCACACAGUGACAUUGUCAAAUAGCAUGUUUACCUCCUCUUACAAGAACGCUCAGAGAGAUCUGGCAUAUAAGCCACUUUACAGCUGGGAGGGAGCCAAGCAGAAAACCAUGGAGUGGGUUGGUUCCCUUGUGGAUCGGCACAAGGAGACCCUAAAGUCCAAGACUCAGUGA